GAAAGGUCACAGAAAUACAGGACUGGAGUGCGGCCAGCCCGAGAAGUGCAGCAUAUGUCUUGUGGGACAAUGGAGCCAAGAACCUGUACCGCGUGGGCUUUGAGGGCAUGGCUGACCUCAAGGUUGUCAGUGAUGCUAAAGGGGGCUCAUUCUACAGGGAUCACCUGCCUCUGUUGGGUGAGCAGGGCCCAGGUGCCAGGGCAGGGCCAGGGGGACUGGCUAUAGGUGACCAGGUGAAUGUGGACCUUGACCUGGAGAUUGUCCAGUCUUUACAGCACGGCCAUGGAGGCUGGACUGAUGGCAUGUUUGAGUGCUUGGGAACAACUGGAACCGUGGUGGGGAUUGAUGAGGACCAUGACAUUGUUGUCUCUUAUCCAAGUGGAAACAGGUGGACCUUUAACCCAGCUGUCCUCACCAAGGUCAACACGCACGCGACCACAGCAGCGGCAGCCGUGGAGGCGCCCUCAGCCACCCAGUUUGCUGUGGGUGACCUUGUACAGAUCUGUAACGAUGGGGAGAGAAUCAAGCUCCUUCAGAGAGGUCACGGAGAGUGGGCAGAGGCCAUGAUGCCAACACUUGGGAAGAUUGGCCGUGUGCAGCAGAUCUAUCAUGACAGUGACCUGAAGGUGGAGGUGUGUGGGACAUGCUGGACAUACAACCCCACGGCUGUCACCAAAGUUGCCUCUUCGGAUGGAGCAGCCAUCGGGAAUUCCUCUGGAGAGCGCCUGAGUGCACUUUUGAAGAAACUGUUUGAAACCCAUGUGUCUGGGGAUGUAAAUGAAGAGCUGGUGAAGGCUGCUGCUAAUGGUGACCACGCUAAAGUAGAGGAGAUUCUACAGAGACCAGAAGCAGACGUGAAUGGUGUGUUUGCGGGGCACACUGCCCUUCAGGCUGCCUCUCAGAAUGGCCACAUGGAGGUCAUCAAGUCCCUCAUCAAACAUAGCGUGGAUAUGGAAAUUGAGGAUAAAGAUGGUGACCGAGCUGUUCAUCAUGCGGCGUUCGGAGACGAACCGGCAGUCAUUGAACUGCUGCAUCGAGGUGGUGCAGAUCUGAACGCUCGCAACAAGCGCCGACAGACGCCGUUGCACAUUGGGGUCAACAAAGGCCACAUUAGUGUUGUCAAGACCUUGUUAGGUCUGAGCUGUCACCCCUCGUUACAGGACUCUGAAGGAGACACCCCUCUACACGAUGCUAUCAGUAAAAAGAGAGAUGACAUGCUGGCGUUGUUGUUGGAACACCAGGCAGACAUCACUGUUACCAACAACAAUGGAUUUAAUGCCCUCCAUCAUGCUGCUCUUCGAGGAAAUCCAAGUGCUAUGCGAAUCCUGCUGGCCAAACUGCCACGCCCAUGGAUUGUGGAUGAGAAGAAAGAUGAUGGUUACACCGCCCUACACCUGGCCGCCUUGAACAACCAUGUGGAAGUGGCAGAACUGUUAGUUCAUCAGGGCAAGGCUAAUCUUGAUGUUCAGAAUGUGAAUCAGCAGUCAGCCCUUCAUCUAGCUGUGGAAAGACAGCAUACACAAAUUGUCAGGUUGCUGGUGCGUGAGGGUUGUAACCUGAAUGUGGCAGAUAAGGACGGAGACACGCCCCUCCACGAGGCCCUGCGACAUCACACCCUGUCACAACUACGACAGCUCCAAGACAUGCAGGAUGUCGGCAAGCUAUUGAUGGGGCUUGGCACACCAGGAGCAGACAAAAAGUCUAGCGCUUCCAUUGCUUGCUUCCUGGCUGCCAAUGGAGCAGAUCUGAACCUGAAGAAUAAGAAGGGCCAGUCACCAUUAGACCUCUGUCCUGACCCCAAUCUUUGUAAGGCCCUGGCGAAGUGCCACAAGGAGAGAAACAGCGCUGGCGUGAUGGCCCCGAACGCAGCUCACAUCCGUAACGAUCAGGAGUCACUGGAGGAGUGUAUGGUGUGUUCUGACCUGAAAAGGGACACACUGUUCGGGCCCUGCACCCACAUCGCCACCUGCUCGCUGUGCUCCCCACGAGUCAAGAAAUGUCUGAUCUGUAAGGAACAUGUGCAGUCCAGGACAAAGAUUGAGGAGUGUGUUGUUUGUUCUGAUAAGAGGGCGUCUAUUCUCUUCAAGCCCUGUGGUCACAUGUGUGCUUGUGAUGGUUGUGCAGCGCUGAUGAAGAAGUGUGUGCAGUGUCGCUCCAGUAUAGAGAAAAUUGUGCCCUUCAUCGUGUGCUGUGGCGGGAGUCCUCCCCCGAUGCCUCAGCCAGCGGGAUUCAUGAAUAAUGGGUCGAGGGACAUGACUCGAGACAUCCAGAAGUUACAACAACAACUGCAAGACAUCAAAGACCAGACAUGUUGCCCGGUGUGCAUGGACCGCCUGAAGAACAUGAUCUUCCUGUGUGGACACGGAACCUGUCAGAUGUGUGGGGACAGGAUGACCGAGUGCCCGAUAUGUCGUAAGUCAGUAGAGAAGCGAAUCCUCCUUUAUUAGACAGCCCCGAGGGACAGGAAAGAGGACAGGGAAGCUCCAUGAUGUGUGUCACCAUUGCUGAUAUAUCAUCACACUCAUGAUCCUGGACAAAUGGCCAAGAAGGCUGAUGUGUACAUGGAUCACUGCUUUAUCAGUUCUGUGUGACAGUUGUCAUGUCAGGCGGCCUUGUGGUGUUAUAAUCUUGACCUUUAUUGUCAUUUCUCAAGUUAAAAGAAAAUCAAUUUGUGACUGUGGCCCCUGUUAUGUUUUUUGUGGUGGCACUGUCUUGAUACAGAAAGCCAGUCUGUAUGUUGAUGGUUGAGUUUUCAUGUUACACAUCCUUUGAAAAAGAAUGAACAAAAUGUGUAUAAACUUUAUUUUAGUAGCUUCAGACAUGCACUGGAAAAGAUGACUGUCACAUCAAUACAUUGAGCUCCAGUGGUGAUAAAUGUGAGGUUAAAUCAGUAAUGGCACUCAUCAUUUUUGAUUUUUUUGUUGAGUUGAAGACUGGGACUGUUAUAUGAUGUGCUAUUUUCUACACAUACUGAAGUGUAAGGUGCUUGUGAUGCUGUAGUUGUCUCCCUUGUUCCAGUCAAAGGAGUCUCUUUUGUGUAUAAUUUUUGCACAGAAAAAUUACAAUGUUUCUGUGAAACGAUUUGAGUUGUUCUUGGGCUUAACAUUGUAUGACCUUAAUUGUAAUAUUUAUGCCCUAAAGACAAGUUAUGCUGUUUUGGAUUUUAUUUGAAUGGCAUACAAGCUGCUUUGAGGUGCAUGUAGGUAGACUAAUGGUUCCACCACAACUUUCACAUAAUCACAUUCAGCACCUCUGCUUUUAUGGAGUUUUUGAGUUUUAAGUUAAGUUAUUUGGGCCAGUGAGUGACUCACUUUAUCUUUGUUUUUGUGUAAAAAAUCUCUUUCUUCACAUCUUCAGAUUUACCCCUUAAUUGUUUUAAUUAUAAGUUUGUACUAGUAAAUUUUCCAAUUGUGGCUACAUGUGGGUAUUUAUAGUUUGAGCAUGUCAAAUUGUUUAAAAAGAGAAUUUUGUUGUAUUUGCUAUAGAGAUAUUUCAUUGGUGAGCAUGUCUUCAUAACCUGACCUAUUUUGAACUUUUGUAAUAGUUUUAAUAAAGUUGUGCUCUUUUGAAAUCUCGAAUAUAUGUUUUGAGGCCAAACAACUAUAUUCAUAUAAUUAUCAAUAAAUAGACUAUGUGAUCAUGUGCCAGUAAUUGUCAGAAACUUUCAGAAUGUUGAUGACCUGUACAUACAUGUAUGUCAAAGGUUAAAGGUGAUAGGACAGCUUGAGCUGUUAAAACAUCAUUUGAGGACAUUUUUUUUGUCACCCAACAGGUGAUGCAAAUUAAGGCUGUAACUUGUUUUUCAUAACUGCUCCAGCAUGGAAUAAUCUUGUGUAUGCCUUGAUUCCACUGUUAUUUGUCUUCAAUUUAUUCUGUCAUAUUCUGUCCAAACCAUUUUGUGCAUGUAGAUGAAAUGUUUAUCGCAAAAAUGGAGGAAUAACACUCUUUUUCUUUUGGAAUUAAAGAUGUCAUUUGAAAUGAUAGCGAUAGUUAACCAACCCUCGUCACGCUGUGCUAUAUCUGAUUGAUUCUUGUGUUGACGUGCUCACUGUCCUAUAUGUCUGAUUGAUUCUUGUGUUGACGUGCUCACUGUCCUAUAUGCCUGAUUGAUUCUUGUGUUGACGUGCUCACUGUCCUAUCUGUCUGAGUGAUUCUUGUGUUGACGUGCUCACUGUCCUAUCUGUCUGAGUGAUUCUUGUGUUGACGUGCUCACUGUCCUAUCUGUCUGAUUGAUUCUCGUGUUGACGUGCUCACUGUCCUAUCUGUCUGAUUGAUUCUUGUGUUGACGUGCUCACUGUCCUAUAUCUGUCUGAUUGAUUCUUGUGUUGACGUGCUCACUGUCCUAUAUGUCUGAUUGAUUCUCGUGUUGACGUGCUCACUGUCCUAUAUCUGUCUGAUUGAUUCUUGUGUUGACGUGCUCACUGUCCUAUCUGUCUGAGUGAUUCUUGUGUUGACGUGCUCACUGUCCUAUCUGUCUGAGUGAUUCUUGUGUUGACGUGCUCUCUGUCCUAUAUCUGUCUGAUUGAUUCUUGUGUUGACGUGCUCACUGUCCUAUAUCUGUCUGAUUGAUACUUGUGUUGACGUGCUCACUGUCCUAUAUGUCUGAUUGAUUCUUGUGUUGACGUGCUCACUGUCCUAUAUGUCUGAUUGAUUCUUGUGUUGACGUGCUCACUGUCCUAUCUGUCUGAUUGAUUCUUGUGUUGACGUGCUCACUGUCCUAUAUGUCUGAUUGAUCCUUGUGUUGACAUGUUCACUUCUGGGGAAGUAGAAACUGACAUUGUGUAUGAUUUAGCCACAGUGGACCAACAUAAGAGGUUUCAUGAUGUACAGAUCGAUGGAGCAGUGUAUACUGCUGAAAUUAUCACAUGCACAAGUCUGGAAGAAGAUUUCACAAAGGCCAUAUAUGACAUAGAUAGUAUUAUGGAAUAGAAAAGUGAAAAAAAACCCCACAACAAUGUGUGUAACGGCUUACUGAAUCUACGUGCUGAUGUUGUGAUGGAUUCUGAUCAUAUUGUGGCCAUUUCCUACAGACCAUCAGAGACUUGAGACUCAUAGCACACCAUGAAGUUCACAUCAGUGCAAAACUAACAGGAAAAAAAUGCUGUAUUUCUAAAAUGGGUGGCACUCUGUUUCCGAACUUGUUUUUCUUUGUCAGUACAGUACACAUCUA